UUUCCCUUCUUUUUGCACUUCAAUCCUUUCGAGAGACCAACAUGGUUUGAUCUCAGGCUAGGAGUAGGGUUCAAAGACAAGAAGAGAAUAAAGCUUCUUUUAUCUCUCUAUAUAUAUAUAUUCUUCGUUGUCCUUAUAUAUAAUACAAUAAUAAUCAUAAUAAUAAUUGCGAGAGUUGGUGGAGGAGGAGGAGGCCGGCAUGCAGCAGGACGUGAUCAAUACAACGUCAGAGCAGCUCUCCGUUGAGGAGGGCAUCUCCAGCCCCAUCGCCGCCCAAAUACUCGACUUCUGCGACGGCGACGUCGGUGGGGAUCUCUUCCCACCGCCCGACAUCGCCCUCCUCCGGUUCACCGACGACGCGAACGCCGAGGCGUCCGCCACCACGCCUCUCCCUUGCUACACCGACGACACCUCCUUCUCACCCUUCCCCUCCCCCAUCGACUCCGCCACCCUCUCUGCCCUCCUCGACGCCCCCAGUGCGCAGCUGCCCGACACCGAGGCUGACGUCCUCCCCGCCGACUCCUCGCCGCUGAGCCCUCCCCUGGCCAUGUUCCCCGCACCGCCGUCUUACGCAGGGGAACACCACCUGGACCCCUUCGACGACCAGAUAUCGAUGGGCGACGCGGCCACGAGCGGGUACCGACCGUACUCGCCUGAUCCCGCGGCGGUCCGGGGCCCACCAAGCUGCCACCAGCAGCGUCCGACGGCAAGCGAGGAGGAAUACUACGCCGCUGCGGCGGUGACGGCGAUGCAGCAGACACCCGGGUUCGCGGGGAUGGAGCCGUGCGUCCUCCUCGAAGGGGGCGGCGUCGGGGCGUUGUACUACCGGGGUGGAAUGGCGGGCGAAGAGGGGCGGGACGGGUUCUUUUAUGCGGGCGGGAUGAUGGCGGCGGCGCCCGGCGCGGGCUUCGUGGGACCACCUGACGUGGCGGAUUACCAUAGGAUGGAUGGUGUUUUGGGAUUGUACGCUCAGGAUACCCAGCGAGCGUAUAGCUCCGCCGAUUUGCAGGUAAUUCGAGGAGGCAGCCAACGUCUGAUGGCCGGAGGCAGUGGCAAACCGAUGCUGCUGCCAGCAUCCGACAUCCCGGUCAUGGAUGAUACCACCUUCAAAGUAGGCCGCUUGUCCGUCGAGGAGAGGAAGGAGAAGAUCCACAGAUACAUGAAGAAGAGAAAUGAAAGAAACUUCAGCAAAAAGAUCAAGUAUGCUUGUAGGAAAACUCUAGCAGACAGCCGACCAAGAGUCCGUGGACGGUUUGCUAGGAAUGAUGAAUUUGGGGAGAUAACAAAACCCAGUUCCAGCAACCAUGAAUUCGAUGAUGACGAAGAAGUGGUUGUGAAGGAAGAAGAGGACAUACUUGACUCCUUGGACAUCCUUGCACAUAUUAGUGGCGUUAACUCCUUCAAAUACAACUUCACUCUUGAGUCAUGGAUACGACCAUGAGUCCUAGACAUGAUAAGUUUGACUCUUAUUUGCUGUUUUCUUUUAUAGCCAUUCAACAGCUGAUGUAGCCAUUAUAUCCAUGCAAUAAAAUGAAUGGCAUGGAAACUGAUGUUACUGCCACAAAAUUUCUUCCCAUUUUAUAAUUGUUUCAACACCAAGAUACA